AUGCUAAAGACAACUAGAAUGUGGUCUUCAAUUAAAUCAUCAUUUUGUGAACACAAAGUUUCAGGCGAUGCCUUAGCGGUAUCCGCAUCUAUCACUUCAGAAACUGGUAUAUUGAAUCCAGCAAUUGAUACACAAUUAAAAUUAUUGCAAGAUAAUAUUAUGAAUAAAUUAAAAUUAAAUGAUACUAUAAUUUCAGAAAAUUCAAUGGUUGCUAAUAAUACAAUUAAUCAAUGGCAUUUUCAUAAUUCAAUUAAUUGUGAAAAAAAUUCGCAAAUUAUUGAAGUACCAACUUUAUUAAUUCAUGGUUAUGCAGCUUCUUCCAUGUCCUUUCAUUUAACUUUUAAUAAAUUAUCAAAUGGUAUAAGAGAUCUUUAUGCAAUUGAUUUACCUGGGAAUGGUUUAUCCGAAACACCAUUAACAAAUUUUGCAAAAUCAAAUAUUAAUAAAAUGACAUUUAAUAAAGAUCAUUCAAGAUUUUCAAUGGUUCAAGAAGUUGAUAUUUUAAAAGAAAAACAACUUUUAAAUGAUUACGAAAAUUAUUAUCUUGAUAGAAUUGAUCAAUGGCGUAAAGAAAAUGGCAUUAAAAAAUUUAAUAUUAUUGGACAUUCCUUUGGUGGUUAUAUUUCAUUUAAAUAUGCAAUUACACAUCCUGACCAAAUUGAAAAUAUUGGUUUAAUUUCACCAUUAGGUAUGGAACGUAACAUUUAUUCAUUAAAUAAUAAUUUUAUUAAGACAAAAGAGUAUGAAAUAACUCAAGAAGAUCCUACUUCAAUAUAUUAUUCAAGAAAUUUUAAAGUUCCAAAUUUUUUAUUUAAUAAUCAACUUAAUACAUUAAGAUAUAUGGGGCCAAUCGGUGGUUCAUUAGCUAAAAGAUACAUCAAUAGAGCUUAUGUUAAUGUUCCAGGUACAGAAUAUCAUGAUUACUUAUACCACAUUUUUUAUAAGAGUGAUAAAUUUCCAAAGACAACAAUUUUAAAUUUUACAAAUAUGUUCACAAGAAAUUUAUUGGCAAAGGAUCCAAUUCUGGAUAAUUUAUCAAAAUUGAAAGCUCAUAAAGUUUUACUAAUGUAUGGUGAUCACGAUUGGAUGAAUGGAGAAGCUGGUUAUAAUAUGGCCACAGAAUUAGCACAAAAAUAUAAGUAUAAACCACAUCAAGAUGUGGAUUUUAUUCAAGUGCCACAUGCGGGACAUAAUCUGUUUUUAGAUAAUCCAAAUUUCUUUAGUGACCAAAUUCUUUCCUUCCUUAAAUAG